UUGUCCGUUCGAUUUUCAUUCGCGAGGCGCGUGCAUCAGGAAAAGGGAGCGCGUGAGUGAGCUCGAGCUCUGUGGUGGUGGUUGGAAGUGAGUGUGUGUGUUGAGCCGUCUCUCGCGUUUAUAUUGUGGAGAAGCACGACACACGUUUUAUUCGCACUUCUACAGCUAAGGUAGAAACACGUUUUCUCCUCGCGGAGAGACCUAAGGAGAGGAAAAUACAUAUUCUGAAGCUACAAAUUCACAGUCUGCGACAAAACCAUGUCGGCCUCGGCGGCGAAAGUGAGUCGAAAGGAGCUGAACUCAAACCAUGACGGAGCGGACGAGACCUCCGAAAAAGAGCAACAGGAAGCCAUCGAACACAUCGACGAAGUACAGAACGAAAUUGACAGAUUGAACGAACAGGCCAGCGAGGAGAUUUUGAAAGUAGAACAGAAAUACAACAAGCUACGCCAGCCCUUCUUCCAGAAGCGGUCAGAACUGAUCGCCAAAAUCCCCAAUUUCUGGGUCACGACGUUCGUCAAUCACCCACAGGUCUCUGCUCUUCUCGGUGAGGAAGACGAGGAAGCUCUUCAUUACUUGACCAGAGUCGAGGUGACAGAGUUUGAAGACAUCAAGUCGGGUUACAGAAUAGAUUUCUACUUUGACGAAAACCCAUACUUUGAAAACAAAGUUUUAUCCAAAGAGUUCCACCUGAAUGAAAGCGGGGAUCCUUCUUCCAAGUCCACAGAGAUCAAAUGGAAAGCAGGAAAGGACCUGACGAAGCGUGCCGGUCAGACGCAGAACAAGGCGGGGAAGAAGAGGCAACACGAAGAGCCUGAGAGCUUCUUCACCUGGUUCACCGAUCAUUCCGACGCCGGAGCCGACGAGCUGGGAGAGGUCAUAAAGGACGACAUCUGGCCCAAUCCCCUACAGUACUACCUGGUCCCAGACAUGGAAGACGAAGAAGGAGAGGGCGAGGACGACGAUGACGACGACGAAGAGGAGGAAGGUCUCGAGGACAUCGACGAAGAGGGGGAUGAGGACGACGGAGAGGAGGAUGAAGAGGAUGAUGAUGGGGAGGAAGGGGAGGAUGACGGCGAGGAUGAUUAAGCUCCCAGAAAAGGACAUUUCCACCACGUUCUUUCCCAUUUCCCCCCAUUUUUAAUUAUCUUCUAAUCCUUGGGAGCAAAGAUGCUUUGUUGGGUUUUUUUGUUUUGUUUUUUGUUUUUUAAAUGAAUUUUUUGUCUCCUUGUUCUGCCCAAGCCUUUUCCUGUCCUCUUGCCAUGUCUAACACGAGCAUUUCUCCUGGACAGACUUUGCAUCGGAAAACUAGUGGCAAUCUCUUCAAGUCCCGUGUAUCAUCUCCAUCAAGACCAGUAACAAUAAAGAUGAAUAAUUCUGCACGCUGUCUUAUGUAGACUUUAAAGAAAAAAAUAAACUUAAGGAAAAAAGAAAUCCGUUUAUAUUUACAUUUUCCUUUUCUUCCUGUUUAAGGUUGUUAAAAAGAAAAAAAAAAAAGCCAAGCCAUGGUGCAGUGGUUACUUGCUAGUUAUAGCAUCCUUCCUUUUUUUUUUUUUUUUUUUUUUUCCUUUCCUCCUUCUUUCCCUCUCCAGUGCAGAGUAGACCCUUGGAGUUGACACUGGUUUUCCCAUGUAAUCAAUUGGACAAACCAGAAAAGCCAGCUUUUUUCACCCUCUUCCAGUUUCCUGUUCCUCUUGUAAUAUUGUUUUGGGGUUAAUAUUGAGGUAGGGAUGGGGGGCUUAUCGCAGAGUAUGUGGGGAGGAGAGGGGGGGUGUGGGUGUUUGAAUAGGGAGUGGGAUUAAGUCUGCAUUUUCUUUUUCCCACCAUCAACGUCAGGGGGUUUAUGUUCAUUGAUUUUCAUUUUCAUUGUAAUGUUUUACAGACAUCCAUGAGGUUUGAAAUGACAUUUUUAAUAAAGAAAAAGAAAACUAAAAAAAAAAAAAAAA